AGCUAAUUCAAUAAGUAUUUUCAUUGUUUGCAGUAAUACGAGGGGCAGAGUUGUAGACUCAACCAUCCGUCGUGUAAGUUACGAUCGCUGAAGAACAUUGUAAUCGCACUUCGGUUUCUAAGAGACUCUUUGACGGAAUCCUGAAGCUAUUGUUUCUACUUUUGAGGUUUGAUUGCUGUUGUGUACUUGCGUCAAGUAGCGAUUGAGAGUUUUUGCGCGAUUGGGGAGAAGAGGAUAUGGGCGGUUGCCAUUCUGAUGUGAGAGGAGGGCAGCAGGCGGUGGGAGGAGGGCAGCGGAGUGCUGGUAACGCCGUGACGAACAGCAAUGACGCUGCUCACAACGACGCCGUUGAUUUCUUCUUCCGAUCCCAUGGUCUUCAGGGUUUGUUCACUCAAGUUGAGCUCUCUCUGUCAGCAUCAAAAUUACUUGAUCGUGAUAUUACCUCAAAGAGCGAUCCAAUGGUGGUUGUGUUCAUAAAAAAGAAUGGAGCACUACAAGAGAUAGGUAGAACUGAAGUUAUUUUGAAUAACCUAAACCCACAGUGGAUAGAGAAAGUGUCAGUUGCAUUCCAUUUCGAGACUGUGCAGCCAUUGGUAUUUCGUGUAUAUGAUAUUGAUACCAAAUACUACAAUGUCCCUGUGAAGACAAUUAGAUUGAGUGACCAAGAUUUUCUAGGAGAAGCUAGUUGUGUUCUUUCAGAGAUACUAACCAAACAGAAUCGAAGUUUAACUCUAUGUCUGAAAGAUGGGCAUGGAGGUUCAACAAACUUGGGCUCUCUCACUGUUCGAGCAGAGGAAACAGUUGCUUCAAGAAGUGUCAUUGAAUUAGUACUCCGCUGUUCUCAUCUUGACAAUAAAGACGUGUUUUCUAAAAGCGACCCUUUCUUGAGAAUAUCUAGAGUUGUUGAAUCUGGAGGUUCGAUUCCAAUCUGUAAAACUGAAGUGGUUAAAGACAAUCUUAAUCCUGUUUGGAGACCUUUACACUUGAGUAUGCAGAAGUUUGGAAACAAGGACGACCCAUUGGUCAUUGAGUGUUUUGAUUUCAAUAGCAAUGGCAGUCAUGAAUUAAUUGGUAAGCUCCAGAAAUCAAUGGCAGAUCUUGAAAAGCUUUACAGUGAAAAAAGUGGUGCAAAUUUUGUUAUUCCAUCUUCUUCUCGUGGUGGCUAUGAGAAGGCUCUAAAAGGUCAGCUGUUUGUAGAUCACUUUGUUCAGAAAACACAAUUCAGCUUUCUUGAUUACAUUUCCAGUGGAUUUCAGCUAAAUUUUAUGGUCGCUGUUGAUUUUACAGCUUCAAACGGAAAUCCUUACACUCCAGAUUCAUUGCAUUACGUUGACCAUACUGGGCGGUUGAAUAGUUACCAGCAGGCCAUAAUGGAAGUAGGGGAAGUAAUUCAGUUUUACGACGCUGAUCGUCGCUUUCCAGCUUGGGGCUUCGGGGCAAGAACGUUAGAUGGCAACGUUUCACAUUGUUUCAACUUAAGUGAAAUUCCAACUCAACCUGAGGUGGAAGGAGUGGAAGGCAUAAUGGGAGCAUAUGCAAAUGCUCUUCACAAUGUUAGAUUGGCUGGACCUACUUUAUUCGGCCAAGUAAUCAAUAAGGCUGCAGAUAUUGCUGCCCACUCUCUAUUUGCCAGUACAAACAAGUAUUUUGUCCUGCUGAUUAUAACAGAUGGAGUCUUAACUGACCUUCAAGAAACAACGGAAGCUUUGGUGAGGGCCUCUGAUCUUCCACUCUCAAUUCUUAUAGUAGGAGUAGGAAGGGCAGAUUUUAAACAAAUGGAGAUUCUUGACGCGGAUAACGGACAACGAUUAGAGAGUUCUACUGGUCGUGUAGCUACACGAGAUAUCGUACAAUUUGUUUCAAUGCGAGAAAUACAUAGUGGAGCGACAUGUUUAGUAGAAGCACUCUUGGAGGAGUUGCCUGAACAGUUCUUGAGUUACAUGCGCAAUAGAGAUAUCAAACCCAUCCCUUUGCAUUAAGGCACCUCAUUGCAAAACUAAAUUCUAACCCCAAAAAGGAAAAAAAA